AUGGCCGCAAAAUUGGCAGCUCUCCCGGUCCUACAGUCCAUUGAGGACUGCAGCGAUUUCUCCAAAACAGUUGAGCCAUUCGUUGACCAGUUCUUUGCUCUGCCCGCCCGCCUGGUCGCCAGCAUUGGCAGCAUCGAAAACCUACAACGCCUCUAUGUCGAGACCAACCCCCUAAUCACAGGCUUUGCGGCAUCGAUAUUUCUUGCAGGCGUGGUUUUGAUCGUCUCCGAGGUGAACAGGAAUUAUUCUCAGGUUGAUCGCAUGUGGAGCAUAUUGCCGAACCUGUACAUAAUCCAUCUCGCUGGAUGGGCACGAAUGGCUGGCUUGCCUCAUAGUCGUAUUGAUUUAGUCGCUACAUUUGGCACACUCUGGAGCAUUCGACUGACCUACAACUACUGGAGGCGAGGUGGAUAUAAUGUCGGAUCCGAAGACUACAGAUGGGAAAUCGUCAAGUCCAAAGUCCCUGCCUUUGUCUUUUUCAUUCUAAAUGCCACCUUUAUCUCCCUCAUACAAAGCGUCUUGCUCUUCGCCUUCUCGUGUGUCCCUGCCUACGCCAUACUGCUGUCCACGCGUUUUGAACCAAAUGUCACGGCUGCAGACUUUGCGUAUUUUGCUGUUCAACUGCUCCUGGUUAUCAGCGAAUGGAUCAGCGACGGCCAGCAAUGGGAGUAUCAAACUGCCAAGCAUCAGUACAACAAGAACGCCAAGUUACCAAAGGGCUGGGACCAGGCUGAUCUAGACAGAGGCUUCAUCACCGCUGGCUUGUGGGGAUACAGUCGUCACCCAAACUUCUUUGCAGAGCAAACAAUUUGGUUCGUACUGUACCAAUGGAGCUGCUAUGCCACCAACUCUCUGUACAGCUGGACCUUUGUUGGCUCUGGUAGCUUGUUCCUUCUCUUCCAGGGAUCGACCUGGCUUACUGAGGCUAUUUCAGCCGGUAAGUAUCCCGAGUACGUCGAAUACCAGAGACAGGUUGGCAUGUUCAUUCCUACCUCUAUUUGGCCAUACAAGGCCCCGUCGUACAAGCCAAGGGUCAUCAGAACUAGUGAGCUGGCCAAGCGUCAUGAACAGAAGAAGAAACAGAAGCAAACAUGA